AUGAUCUUUAUCGAGCCGGAUGUGGACUGCUUCCGGCUGCACCUGCGCGACGUGCACGUGCCAGUACCAGUUCUCGAGCAAGCCCCGGACACCAUCGCGGCUGCAACGGCCUCAGCGCCAACGUCGGCGCGCGCUACUGGGGUGCCUCAGUGCAAGGAGCUAAAUGAUGGCGACCACGACGCGCCUCUGCCACACAAGGGCUUGAAGGUGGCGACAGCGACGGAGACAGCAACUGUCAGGCGUCCUGACUCUGCCGCGCCCUCCGUCUCGCCCUCUACUGAUCCCUCAAAGGUGCUGGCAGCCGAGCGAGAGCACUUGCACCGGUGCGAGAGCGGCAACGACAACGACCGCGGCCUCUUGGAGGAUGAGGCCCCCUCGUGCGCCAAGAUAACCCUCGAGGAACGCGCCGACGCUGUGCAUCGAGCGCUGUUGAGCGCGCUGCACGCCCGCUUCCCCUACGAGGCCGUCGACACGCUCGAGUACGCCUACAUUCUCGUUGUCACGCACCACGUCGCCCCGUUGCUUGCCAGCCAGGCCUUCAACGAGGGUGAAUUGGGUGGUCUCACCUCCUUCAGCGGCCUCCUGCCGGAGGAGCUGCGCUAUCGCACUUUUCCAUCCCACCUCAACGCCGUCCUCGAUCCGGCGUCAGCCUUCGCAGCCGCAACGACCUCCGCGAAGCCGGUGUCGCCAGAGACAACGAGUGGAGUAGCAGCUGACUCCGCCGCCGCGCCAUCGGCGACUCGACCGUCCAUCCGCGUCACGGACGACGAUGCAGCCGCUCGCGCGGCACAGGAGAAAGAGAGCGCCGCUCGCGCCACUGCGCAAGUGCUGCACAACGUCGUCACGACACCUCCCUUCUUCGACUCGAUCUUUCUACUCUCCCGUGCCCUGACCCCAGAACAGCAGGCGCUAUAUUACGAGGUGCAGCUCAGUGGUCGCUGCCCCGUCCGCUGUGAAGCCGUGCACCGAGGCAGCGGCACCAACACGCAGAUGGAGUCCUUCUCUGUCAUCCAGGGCCGCUUCGUCCACUGCGUGCCAGCGGACGGCGGUGGCGGCGGCAGUGUGGGGACAAAAGCCGCGACUGCCACCACUUCGAACAGCGGCCUUCGCCGCGUGGCAGGUGAAAGCCAAGGCUACAGAGUGCCAUCCUCGGAGCCCAACGGCGAUGGGCCUGCAGAAGGGGCAUCGCCGCCAACGACAUUGCCGGCGGCUCGCUCACUCUACUUCUCCGUCUACCGUAUUCCUCUUACCCGCUUUCGCCCUGCCGAGCAGCAGUACUACACGAGCCAACGCGAGGAGCUGCGGUGGCGUCAGCGGCACCGCUGCCGGUCGAGCUAUCGCAAGUUGCAGCGAAACGGGCAGCCUGUCGAGCAGGCGUCCAGUGCUGCAAUACCGUCGUGCGGUUCGUGGCGUCGCCCGCAGAGAGAGAGCGGCAGUGUCGACGCUGCUCGCGACGCAUGCGGCUGCAGUUGCAGCAGCGAGAGUGAGAGCGAGAGCGAGGACGAUGAAGAGGACUGGGAGGGAGAGGUCGAUCGUUCAACGGGGAAGGCAGUUUCUUCGCCAUUCAGCGCCAAGUCACGGCGUACCCGCGACGUGGCCGAUGCGAUCGACAGGCUCCUCUGCAGCGAAGGUCAUGGUGUUCACGACGCGGCGGAACAGACGUCAACGGCGGAGCAGCGCAGCGCAGCUCGCUUCUUCCGAACCUGUCACGAGGUGCUCACAAACUACGCGAUGGCGCAUUCGCCGUAUGCGGCGACGGGCGCAGUGGAAAACGAAGAACCGGCAGCGAGGACGAAAGCGGCAACACACGGCGCGCCCUCCCCGUCGUCGCCCGCCACGACAGCAGCCGUGCUUUCUUCUGAACAUCAGCGGCAGCUGCACCCCCGAAUGCCGUGGUUCCCACGCCGAUUCCCUGGCGUCUCUUACGUUGGUGUCACCCGUCUCCUCUACUCGCUGGCCCCGUGCGACUGCUACCACUUGGUGAUGAAGGACCACAACCCUUUCUACUACGCGAACUCGCGUCGCGCUUCUUACGAGUCGCAGACUGUGCCGCUCUGCCUCGUCUCAGACGCCUCAUCCGAGACCGGUGGCAGCGGAGGCGGCGCGCUGCAGCUGGCACAGCGUAAAUCAAAUUCGUUGCCGCGUGCACGGUCGCCUGAGCCAGGCUUGACAGAGCAGACGUUGUUGCGAGGUCGCACGGUACCGGGCCCCAGGACCGACACGCUGGCCGUCGCCGAUGGUGCUGGUGGCGUGCCAGCUGGCAGUGGCCGGGAGGGCCUGGUGUCUACUCCGUUUCCGUCUCGCGCGCCCUCUCCCGAGCGUGCCAACCAAACGUCUUCCCAGGCCCGGGUAGCGGCCGCAGCGACAAAGCACGCCACGUCGAAUCCCCCGCACUCGUCAGCAUCGCCGCAGUCGCGCGGAAGCCUCGUCUCGGCCACGGACGGGUUCCUCCGUGUGUCGGCGUCUCUCGUCUGCAACAACAUCUCCGGGAACCCACAAGCGAGACAGCAAAGCCUCACGGAGAAGGGGGUCCGCAUCCCCAGCUUUCUCUUACCUGAUAAUGUGCGCACCAGGGGUGGCACUGGCGCGGGCCCGAGCUGUCGAAAUCCGUAUGACGCCGCUUCGGCAGACGGCGGCGCCGCUACCGCCGCCGUGAACCUCUUCAAGGCACUUUCGCAGUCGUCGCUCGCGCAGCACAAGCUGCGGUACGGCUGCAUACGCUCCGUCAUCUCUGUCGCCGUGUUGGACAGCUCGCCGCGGAUGUCAGACGGCAGCCCUGCCGUCUGCAGCGGCGGCGGUGCGAGCUCGGACGGGGCUCGACGGGGCGGUACCCUUGAGGCGACGCAGAUGCAACUCAGCCAGCACUACUGCUGCCGCGGCCUCGUCGACCACACGUGGCUCUCCAUCCCCGUGCAGCGCACGCCAGCGGCGCAGGACGCGAUUCAGUGGAUGCCGGUGAUGCUCGGCUCCACUGACUGCGUGAGCGACGUCGGGUUGCGGACAGCCGUGCAUCUCGGCAUUUUCCCUCGUGCGUCACCGCCGUCGUGCGGUGCGAGUAGCGGCCCUGCCGGUCUCAUGCCUGCAUGCUUGGCCACGCCAGCAGACCAGCUUGACGGAGUUCGGCCAGCCCGUGAAGGUGCGCUGUCGUCGCUGAAGCCGUUUAGGUUCAGGAGGGAGAACCCUACUGCGGCACUGAGGCAGACGGUGAGCAGUGGUGCCGCCGCUGCUGCCGACAACGCCCUCGCAGGUGCCAGAGUUUCAAACGACAAGAAGGGCAUGAGCAAUGCGAUGCCUCCAGUGGCACCACUUCGAGCGCGCCCCGUCAACAGUGCUGACGACAGUGUCACUGCUGCCAUCAGCCUCGGAGCGUUUCCACGAAAGAUUCAGGAGAGCAGUCCAUCGGCGCAGGGCGGAGAAGCGUAUGGAAGAGACGCAGCCUCUGCACCCGCUACUAGGAUCGCCGAGGCGCGGUCGUCCACGUUCGGUGCGGUGGGUCGAUUAGAGCAAGCCCGCACGCCGCUGGCCUCCCUCACCACCCUUCCCAAGACAGGCGAUGUAGCACUUGCUUUCGACUCCACUGGAGGCAGCCAGUCCCACGCGGUGCCGCCGCGCAGUACCACACCGUGGGACCGCCUGUCCUUCACGGCGACGACGACGACGGCCGAGAAUGGCGAGAUGGGCAGCGAACAUGCCCACGUGGACAUCGAUAAUGAAGAGGAGCAAGUGCGUGCCCCUACCCCUCCUGCGACGGCCACGUCGGUGCGGAUCGAGCGUGGUGGUAUCGCACUUACCUUUGACGCGGGGUCAGCGCAGCAACGGAAACCGCCGUCAUCCUCUGCGGCCGGUGGCGCACCAACGGCAUGCCGACGGAGCAGCAACCCGACCACUGUGAGUGCUCGCUGCUCUGCGGGGUUUCCGCGCAACUGCAGCAGGUAUGAGGACGGUGUGAUGAAGGGCACAGACCACAACGAAGAGUCCGUCGUGGUGACUUCGGACUUCUCUGACGGCGACGGCGAUGAUCCUGAGCGUCGCCUGUCGCCGUCCGGCGCCCGUACACCCGCAAGAACACCGCAGGCGUUGGCGCGGACGCCACCGCGAGGCAACAAGAUGGCACGCAUGUUGGCGGCAGCCGAGGAUGCGGACAAGGAACGCCGUCGUGGUGGCGGUUCGAAGGCUAGCGAGCGAGCCAGCGGCGCCAUCACAGCGGUUCUACAAAGCUAUUCCGCCGGAACUCGCGGUUCACCACAGGCGUCAACGAGGAUAAUCAGCUGGGCCGACAAGUCCCUUCCAAACGCAUCGGCAACGAGGACCGGCAACCGCAGCGGCGGAAGCCUACACUUUUCAUCCGUCUUCCACACGGCAGUGGAUGGCACGGCAAUGGCGGACAAGGAGCAGCUCGAUGCGAACCGCAGCGUACGCGGACGUGGCGCAGCGUUGAUGCCGGCAACGUAUGGGGCGGCAGCGGAGCGCCGUGCCGGGGUGUUCGGCACCGGCGGCAGUACUAGCGUCAACAGGAGCAGCGGGCCUCUACCACCCAGCCUCUCGGCCCCCCGCUCCAAUCCCUUUCUUCUCCAGCUUCACAGGACGCCAGCUGCGAACAGCAGCCAACCGUACCUCAUAGAUGCGGGCACACCACCGCGUCCCUCGCCGCUACCACGUUGCUUCGCGGGAUGCACUCCAUUCCAACCUGCCAGCGGACUGCCCCAACACGUACCGCAACACCAGCACCAGACACCAAUCCCGGCCAGUCGCCCCACAAGCGUCAGUGCAACGCCAACGCAGCGCUUCUCUGUUCCCUUCGCGCUGUUUGGCCAGGGCGCGGCGUUGCGCUACCAAACAACGGCACCGACGCUGGAGCAGCAACUGCUGCCGCACACACACCAGCACGGCGCAGGUGUAACCGGCUUCGCCGCCGUCGCCGCCGCACCGCACGCGCGCGUCCCGCCGUCGACUCUGAACCUCUCCGCCUCUGGCGUGUCGCUUAGCAGCAAUAGCGGCUCGGGAAGCAUGUGCCUGCCACUCCGGCAGCACCCAUCAGCGUCGCCGCCGCCGCAGGAGUGCUUCUUUGACGACCCCGCUGCUCUACGUACAACGUGCGAAACGCGGGAACUCCGUCGUGGCACUGCGAGCACCGCUACACCGACGGCCACUAGCGACUGCAGCACCGCUCCGCGCGGUGCGCAGAGUGCGGCCAGCGCACCAUCCUACUUUGCCAUGGCGUGGAACGCGCGGCAGACGGCACAGGGGGCACCACAGCAGAUUGCGCAGCAACAACAGCGCCUCUCAGGCGGCAUCGCGGAGCACCCCUUAUCAUCCGCCUGGCUCUCUCCUCUGCCACGACACGCAACACACGAGCAAGCGCAGGCGCCACAGUCGCGUCCCCGCAUCUCCUUCUACCCUCUGGCGCCGCUGCAGGGUCCGCCAUUUCCGUUCGCCGCUGCGCGGGGCGCGCCGUCGUCGUCGUCGGCGGCGCCGCUGUUGAACCCAAGUGACUACUACACGCCCCCAGCGCGGCAAACCAUCGGCGCUGGUCGCCUCUCGUUGUUCUCGUCUCCUCUGGCACCACGCCGUGGCAGUGGUGGUGGUGGCCCAGCCACCCCGGCAGUCAAUGCGUGUGGUCUAAGUCGUACCCUCUUCAUCGACGAGUACGAUGACGGGGCUACCACAGCCGGCUCAGCGUCACACCUCCGCGACGAUGUUCGGGCGGCAAGCCGUGUGCGGCCGCGUGGCGUCUCGGCGAUGGAUGCCGCGUGGUGGCAGCCCGUUCGCGAGUUAACCUCCGCGCCGAAUCUCCGCCACGGACCUGCAGCGCCGGCAGCGGGUCAUUCGCGCUCCAGCACGAGCGCGCUGCGCUUGUCUGGUGCCGACCAGCCGUACAACCUUCCGCUGGGCUCCACCUCGAACCCUCACGGCCAUCACGGCGACCUUUGGGGUGAUUGCGGUGGAUGUCGCAAAGUCUGCGCCACCGCAGCCGGCGAUGCCGCCUUGCAGCAACCCAGUCGGCACUCCUACUACCACGGGGAAGCCUCAUCGCUAGGCCGUGGAACGGCUACUGCGCCUGUGCGCACCGGCAGGGCCGCCGUGCCGCCGCUGCCGACAUCGCGUCUCAGUGACUUCAAAAUAGAUGCGAGGAACGCCGAAAGUCGAAACGUGGAAGACGCCUACGUUGAGGAGCUCUCGCUCUCUCCCGUGACGCCGCACCGCACGCAGAUGCGGACGCCGUUCGCGGUGCGUCGUGCCCGUCGCGCAGCGGCUACCACAGUCCCCAGUUUUGGACUGCCGUCCCGUCGUCGCCCUCCUCUUGCUCCGCGCAGUGCCGGUCCCGAUACCGCCUGCGACCCCUCGUGUGACUGUGCGGACGGGAAUGAACGGGGCACGUUUCGCUCCCACUACGGUGCCGCCACGCCAUCCUCCACAGCGGCGUGGCGCGAUGGCUUGUCGGUCCGUGAGCGAGUUCAGCUGCGCCGGCGGCAGUUAGACAAGGAGGAGCGACUGGCCAGCUAUCAGGCGCACCUGCAGGAGAACUACCUCUGCGGGUCGAUGCCGAAGCGCUACUGCUUCGAAAGACAGACAGGCGGUGGCGUAGCGCGAGAGAGUGGCGUGACAGGGAGCAGGGAGCAGCAGCAGCAGUCCGCCGCUGGCGGCUACGCAAUGUGGACACCGAGAACGACUGCUGUGCCGCCCGCUGGGGGUGAAACACCAGCGGUGUCGCACGUGGGGAGAAGUGCGCGGAACUUCAGCCUUGGUGUGCACUCCUCCGCGCCCGUGUCGACGGCGACGUCAGCGCCACGCGACGCAAGCUCGCUCCUCCAGAGACCGCCAACGGCGUCUGCCUCGACUGCGUCCGGGGCCAGUGGGACAGAUGUCGAUGCAGCGCGGGUCUGCCAAGCUGAGGCACAUCUUCGUCAGCAGGGCAGCAAGCAGUCACAUAUAGAAGCUCGGCAGCAGAUGGAGGCGCUCGCCGAUGGCGCUGCUGCCGCACGACUUGCGACAGGGGUCAACGUGAGCUUUACGCUGCGCGACGUGGCUACCGUUUUCCUUCGACUGCCAAGCACCUCCCUGCAUGCGUUGCGGACACCCGGGGCGGAGCCGUGGCAUGUCAGCGGUGGUGCUCGCCUCGACGUGAUGGAUGUAUGUGACGCGGUCUGUCGCACCGAGGGUGUGUCGUGCUUUCUCUCCCGAAAGCCCACGCAGUUGCGGGGUGGGUGGGCGAGCUAUCUGGAACGCAUCAACCUCUACCAAGAGCCCUUCUUCCUGCGUGAUCAGGCGUUUGUGCUCCUCCUACCCGUCCCGCACGUGCCAACGCUGAAGGUGUGCGUCGCGAUCCACAACAUCAAUGACCUGCUGGCGCUUGUGUGCCAGACGCCGUUGGUGCGGAUUUUACCGACAGCUGAGGAGACGUGGAUGCGGGAGCGUCAGUACGGAUUCGAAGAUGCAAACGACGAUGCAGAGGGACGACAGGAUGGUGCGGCGAUGGUUGUCGCGGAGCGGCGGUGGGUCUUUGGGCUUUUCACAACUCGACGGCUCGUCCCUGCCGCUGACGCACGUGCGUCACGCAAAGCCCAGCAACAGCUGCCGUCACCCAAGGACGAUGACGUGACACGUCGAGAAAAGUGCCGUCAGCUGCGUCGCGACUAUCAGGUGGAUGGGCUGUGCCUUACGUGGCGCCACCGAGUCCGACUGUGGUACGCGCUGCUGCGGGCAGGGUUGAGCUGCCACGCACUUCCAGCAUGCACGUCGCCACUCUUGGCCGACCCCGUCGCGUGCAAAGCGAGGUGCGCGCUGUUGUGUGACCGCAUCGUCGCCUACGCUGUGGCGCAUCACCGGCUGGAAACACUCAAGGCCAUACGGCAGUCGUACCUCGAGACGCGCGCCGCGGAACUGUCGAAGCAGUGGGUGUUGAAGCUGUGUCAUCGAGCACAUCACGGAACGGCCCGCGGGAUUCAACUUGGUGGGGCGGAUGGCAGCAGCAGCAGCCGUAUGGCGGCAAGACACUUGCGGUGCACUCCGUCGCCGCUGCUGCUCCCGUCCGUGCCCACGCGACCGCAGCGGCGGUUUUUAGGCCUCGGCGAUGAUGGUGUCGAUAGCACGGUGCACCAAGGACUCUAUCCCGUAACGUGGGGCAGGGCUUGUGAUUCAACUCUGAGGACGGGCCUUCAUGACCGCUGCAGCAGCACUGACGAGGCUGCCCGAGACCCGCGAGUGACGCGCGGCGGAGUCGCCUCCGCCCUGGAAACACCGUCGACCGCAUGGGACAGGCCUCUAUUCGUCACUUCGACUUCAGCAGCGCCUCUCCACAGCGGGCACUUCGAGGCCAGCAGGCGGAGGUUUGACGAUCGCGGUGACGAGCGGCAGCAGCGGGCAGGAACACCGAUACCGCCUCGAUCCUCCGCAAUCGGGGGUAUCUCACGCACUCAUCCCACUCUGCGACAGCGCAGCUCCUCGCGCGAUAGGCGGGCAACGCCGCCACCGCUGCGCACGACGCGCUCGAUGCAGCUGCGACUCGCCGCUAACCAACGUGUGGCCGCCGGUGACGCGCCGGUAUCCUCCCUGCGCCACGCCACGCACGCAUCGGUGCUGGGAGAAGGUCGCCUGGCAUUCAACGAUGGCGAGCAAUAUAGCGACGCGUUCGGUCUGCACUCGCGCCGUAGCUUCACACCCCCUCCUCGCCCGCCCCCUAGUCGACCACCCUCACCACAGCAGCAGCUGCAGCCUCGGUGGGACGAUGGCUUCGGCGCUGGCGCCACGUCGACGUGGGCCGCCAACGGUCGCGAUGGGGCGGUCGACGUUGCAUGGCAGCGUGCACACACCUGCAGCAAUGCUGUGGCGACCAGCUGCAGACGCAGCAGCACCCUCGCUAGGCCGGUGGCGGGUGCACCUGGAAUCGCCUCCGUCAACGUCCCCCACGACGUUGAGGCGGGCAGCCACCCAUACGCUGGCGACGGCGCACUUGGGGCGAUGCGUGCCGCUCGAAGCGCGACGGUAGCGGCGGCUCACGAGAGCCACGCGUCGAGUGCUACGUCGCACGGGUUGUUUUCACCCGCUGCAUCCACGGUGGCGCCCUACGCUAGUGGUACGUCUAUUGCCCCGUCAUCGGGCGCACAGGUCACGGCUGCGGCAGGAAACUGCGCACAUCGCGUCAUGCUCUCCUCGACCGCCGCCUCUAGCCUUGCACUCAGCGCGGCCGCGGCAUCCACCGACUUGGACCCUAUCCUGCGUGUAGAUCGUGAUGACGCCUUGGCGAGCGCGCUGGACGGUCUCACCGAGCACCGCGCCGCGAACAUUGCGCCGCCGCUGGUAGCCGUGCUGUCCAUUGUGCCCCUCGCAGCGCAGCCUGUGCGCGGCGCAGGUGCGGGCGUGGUCGAGGACGGUGAUGCCGAAACGGUCAACCCUGCUGACACCGGUGCAGUAUCGCCGUUGUACCCCGGCUUCAUUCGAACCCCGGUGGAGGUGCAGCAGCGCCUUGCUCAGCCGUUCAACCUCUCCAUCGCACAGGUGCAGCAGCUGCUCCAGUGGCAGUGGGAGCAUCACCAGCAUUCCUACACGCUGAUGCCGCUUCCUCUCUUCGCUGGCGCGGCAGCCGGUCCUACGGAGGUGGACUUCUCGCUCAGGUUCUGCUCGUCCCAGGAGAGCGUGGGCUCGAUGAGCCGUGGCGAGCUGGAUGAGCAGGCAUCGGCUGCGUCGCCGUCCUACGCCGUCUCGCCGCUGGCGCGCGAGCUACUGCUACACCUGCUGCGGUGGUCCUGGCUGCUGCCAAUCGACUAUGAGGCGAGCCGGCGCAGCCGACGUCAUCGACUGGCCGCCACCACCAUCAGCGGCCUUCCUUCUCUUCUUCGCCGCCUCACUUCGCCGUCACCGCUCCGUUGUCCCCGAUGGCGCAUGCUGGCGCUCAUCGCGCUCCUUGUUACCGCGUCGGAGCACUCAGCCUGGUGCCUUGGGGCUCUUCUCUGUUGUGGCGUCGGCUACUGCACUUUGAACUGUGUGACAGCUGGCUUGCUGACGCGGCUGCCUUCGCACCGUGGUGCGAGUAGCCGCCGCAGUCGCGGCGGAUAUCGUCCAUGGCGGUGGUGGUGGGGCAGGCGGGGCACUGACGCGGCGGAUGUGUGCUCCCGAGGGCACCGCCGCUCUGCCUCUCGCCUCUUGCGCUGCCCUUCGUCCGCGCUGCAAGACAGCGUCCCACCCAUCGACGACCGUGUGAGCCUUCUCUACUCCCUCGGUGAGUCCGCGACGCAUGAGAUGCUCGAGCGGCGACGGGUGCAUUUUUCAGCGCAGGCGGUGCUCGUGCGCGUGCUGCGCCUGCAGAGCGCGGCUGCUUCGCUCCUGAGUCGGCUACAGCUCUUCUUCUACGGCUACUCCACAGCGUUGUCGCUCUGGGUGGCACUGCUGCUCCUUGCGUACGCCCUCUUGUACGUGGUGUACCUGGAAGCAGUGCUCACGGUGCAGCGAAGCGCAGGCGGUGCGGUGUGGUCAGCAGAGUGUGACGGUUACGCGAACGCCGGGACAGUGUGGGCGUUUUGGCAAGCCACAAGGAGGAUUCCGCAUGUUAUGUGGUGGAACACCAACGCCGCAUCAACGACAUCAUUCGGCCCCCCUCAAUCGGCGGCAUCUGCGCUCGCGGGGGCUACCUGGCGCGAGGUGCUCGAGAGUGCUCGGUAUAUUCUCCUUCAGAGACAGCGGACUGUCGUGGAUGGCGGCGAUGAGCCUGCCGCUGCCGGAGUUGCGAGCGCAUUGGAGACACAACUCUUCGGUGACAGCGAUCCGGCAGUAGAGGCAAUGGAGAGAACCGGCGGUAGUGCGGGGGCAGGGGCGGCACAUGACCGCCAUCGCAGCCCCUCCUAUUUUUACCAGAACGGCAAGUACUUUGCGUACGACGCGAAGCCGCCGGCGUGGGCCAAGUCGGAGACCGGUGCCACACCAGGAGCGCGCUAUGAGCGUGUGUCUGCACAACCGCAGCGACAGGAGCCGUCGCCGUCGGCGCGCGUCGUGCAGUCGCUGAGCGAGUGGUUCAGCCACAUUGUCCAAGGCGGCGGCAGCGAUUGUAAUGAUGGUAGUGGCAACUAUCGGCCGUCCGCGCUUAACCACCACUCCGCCGACCCGAUGGGCUCGAACUCAACAUGCAUGACGGCCAACAGCAGCGCCGGGUAUGUGUGCCCCAACAAAGCGGCAGGCUCCUCAGUAGGGGACCCCAGCGUGCUCUGGUUCCUCGUUGUUGCCUACGUCGUCACGGUCUGUCUGCCGUGGUCGCCGUACCGGUGGUUGUGGCGGCGGGUGUGGAGUGUGCUGACGCACGACGACGCCCUGGCCAGGCGACCUCUCCUCACUGUGUGA